AUGUGCGGUAUCUCGGCCUGUCUGACGCUCCAGCCUGGGCAACACUUUCACACCGAGGCCCUCAAUGGGUAUGCGAGUGGCACCAACGGGACGGCGGAAGCUCAGACCAACGGUCAUUCGAAGUCGACUCAGGAUCUGGAAAGGCAGUUGAGCAAGAGCCUCGAGGCGAUCAGCCACAGAGGUCCGGACUCGCAGGGGGUGUGGGUUAGCGAAGAUGGAUUCAUUGGGCUGGGUCAUUGUCGUCUGGCGAUCAAUGACUUGACACCUGAUGGCAACCAGCCAAUCCACAGUGACGAUGAGACGAUCCAUGCCGUGGUCAAUGGAGAGAUCUACGACCAUGAUCGUAUCCGACAAGAGUGUGAACAGAGAGGUUACAAGUUUAGAGGUCACAGCGACAGUGAAGUCAUCGUCGCCUUGUACAAGGCUUAUGGUGCGCCCCGCUUCCUCGAACAUCUCCGAGGUGAAUUCGCAUUCGUUCUGUAUGACGAGACGGCGGGCAAGGUCAUCUUGUGCCGCGACAGAUUCGGCAUCAAACCCCUCUUGUGGACGAUUGUUCGCCAGGAAGAUGGUAGGAACAGACUGAUCGUCGCGCCGGAGGCCAAGGCGUUCCUUCCGCUGGGAUGGAAACCCCAGUGGGACGUCGAGGCGAUUGUCGAUGGCGGGUGGAUGCAAGACGGCCGGUCAUUGUUCAAAGGCGUCAAGAAAGUGCCGCCCGGGCACUGGAUGGAGAUUUCCAAGGAUGGUGUGAUGCAGAUACAUCAGUACUGGGACGCUGAUUACAAGGAUAAGACCGAAGGCGAGACACGCAGCGUGGACGAGAUGGUUCUCGGUCUUCGAGAGAGACUGACCGAAGCCAUAAAGUUGAGACUUCGCGCGGACGUUCCCAUUGGUAUCUACCUCUCGGGCGGUAUCGACUCGUCUCUGGUCGCGGGUAUCGUGACACGUUUGGUCAGAGAUGAAGGCAUCAAGAUUGGAAACCAGGAUGCGACGAGUCGUAUCAGUUGUUUCACUAUUGAGUUCCCCAAGGAGUCGGGUUUCGACGAGUCUGACAUCGCGGAGAGGACGGCUCAGCACCUCGGCGUCCAAAUCCAGAAGAAGCAAAUCAAUGAGACUGAACUGGCGGCCAACUUCGCCGACUGCGCAUACCAUUGCGAACACCACCACUUCGACCUCAACUGCGUGGGGAAAUUCGCCUUAUCGUCCCUUCCAAAUGAGAACGGCGUCAAAGUCGUCUUGACCGGAGAGGGCGCCGACGAGCACUUCGCCGGAUACGCCUUCUUCCCGCCCGAUCUCUUGCGAGAACCAGACCUCUCAAUGCCGGAUUCGCCCUUGGUUGCCGAUUCCACGCUUCGCGAGAACAUGCAGAGGUCGACCGAGCGGGACAUCAAACUCCUCAUCCCACGCGCCGGAGCCUUCGAGCACGGCUGGGAGUCGACGCCGGCCAUGAAGAAGGUCAACGACACGAUUCUAACGCCCUGCAUCCUCGCCUGGCACCCGACCCUCGAGAUCUUCGCACCGUGGGUCAAGGAGAGCGAGAAGUGGGCCCAACUCGAUUGCAGGGACGUCAUCGUCAAGUCGUUCAAGCCGGCUGUGCAGGAGAAGAUGCAGAAGAAGUGGCAUCCUCUCCACACCGCGCAGUACAUCUACAGCAAAGGCCCCCUCCCGAAUAUCCUGCUGAGUUGCCUCGGCGACUUGACGGAGAUGUCGCACAGCGUCGAGGCCCGGACGCCGUUCCUGGAUCACAAGUUGACGGAGUACGUUAAUAACCUCCCGCCGAGCCUGAAGAUGGCAUAUACUCCAGACAAGAUUCCUCCCGAGCGUCACCAGGGCCCAUGGUGGGAGGGCAUCGGCGUGGCGUCACAGGCUCUGACUGAGAAAUGGAUUUUGAGGGAAGCGGCGAAGCCGUUCAUCUUGAAGGAAUUGUAUGAGAGGCAGAAACAUCCGUUUACGGCACCCAUUGUGUGGCCCAAGGACGGACCUCUCCACACAAUGCUUCAGAAGACGCUUACGAAGGAGAAAGUCGAGAACUUGGGGUUUGUGGAUUAUGCUCAGGUUGAAAAUGCUUUGGAUAAAGGUUUCGGUGAGAAGACGGAUGUUAAGGCGUUCAGAAUCUUGCUAUUUGUUGCCGCUUGGGUUACUAUGAGCGAGCGUUUUGGAAUCCCCAAGGCUUCUGCUGAGGAAUGGGUUUAG